GUUUCUGAGGCGCCGUGAACGCAGCAGUCUGGGAGGGUCGUGGUGCUGUGAGCGUCGGUUAGUUCUCACUCUGACUCUCAGCUGCUUCAGGAGCAGGAAACCCGGAGCAGGAAACACGGAGCAGCUCCAGACCUGAAACAUCAGUCCUGUGAAAGAUGGCAGCAAUCAGGAAGAAGUUGGUGAUAGUUGGGGAUGGUGCCUGUGGGAAGACCUGUCUGCUCAUCGUCUUCAGCAAGGACCAGUUCCCAGAGGUGUACGUCCCCACUGUGUUUGAGAACUACAUCGCUGACAUUGAAGUGGAUGGAAAGCAGGUGGAGUUAGCGUUGUGGGAUACAGCAGGUCAGGAAGACUACGACCGACUGAGGCCUCUCUCUUACCCUGACACUGACGUUAUCCUCAUGUGCUUCUCCAUAGACAGCCCUGACAGUUUAGAGAACAUUCCUGAGAAAUGGACACCUGAGGUGAAACAUUUUUGUCCCAACGUCCCGAUCAUUCUUGUGGGCAACAAGAAAGACCUGAGGAACGAUGAACACACACGCAGGGAGCUGGCCAAGAUGAAGCAGGAGCCGGUAAAAUCAGAAGAGGGCAGAGACAUGGCCAACCGCAUCAGUGCCUUUGGUUACCUGGAGUGCUCCGCCAAGACCAAGGACGGCGUGCGGGAGGUGUUCGAGAUGGCCACCAGAGCCGCGCUGCAGGUCCGCAAGCGCAAAAAGAGGGGCGGCUGCCAGCUACUCUGAAAGGGCGGAGUUUGUUGGCCAAUCAGCAUCUGAGGGAGCUCUCUCCGACACACACAGCAAAGUUAAUGAAACCUUAAAUCAAUGGCUUCCGUGGACUCUACUUAACAUCACAGUUAUGCCACAGGCAAAUAUGAGAGACUGACACACCUGUUUAAAAGCAAAUCAGCUUUUUCUUUUUUUCUUUUUUAAAAACAACUUCCUCUGCUACUCACACGCUCUCAGUUUUUGUUGUGUUUGUUGUUUCCUUUUCCUCCACCAGCCUGUUUGUGAGGAGGACCUGCCUCCUCCUCCUGUAUGUAUGAAUGUAUGUUUGUAUUUAAAUGUGCAUAUACUUUACAAAUACAUCAGCCUCUGUGUUAUGAUUGUUUACAGAGAACAGUCCUGCAGCUCACAUGCUCGCGGCUUGUUCUCUCAGCUCACGGCUGCAAGUAGCAGACAGUUUUAGUUUUGCUUUAAUAAUGUGGAACCCCCACUUCUCUUGACCCCGCACAAACCACUCCGUCUUCUUGCAUACAUCAGCUUCGGUCACGAUUCUUCAUCUGUUUUUCGUACCAAUUUCAUUUUACACCGUGAAAGUCCUUUUUCACCAUGUGCUGUGUCAGCAGAACUCUGUUUUCCCAGCUCUGCACGUAUAGGACUAAAUUUAAAGCCUGUUCACAUCUGCAUUAAUCUCCAACUGAAGCCUACAUAAACUGAGGAAGCAGUGAAUAUUUAUGUAGAGAGGUUGGAAGGCACCUUGGUCUGUCUCUAUCUUCCAUGGCGACAGCUUCAACUGGCACUGGAGACAAUGGCACAUUGUCAUGGAUACAAUACUCGCAGUUACGCUCUCGCUGGCUCUGACAGACACAACACCCAAACAAGCUCUGCGUCAUGGUUUCAGAUCCAGUACACAGUCAUGAUGUAUCACCGCAUUCUGGAGGGCUCACGCAUUGUAAACACAAUACUAAUAAUACAGAACAGCUUAUAAAUAUUUUCUGUGCACAAACAUUUUGAUAAAACGCAGAACUGACAAAUUGAUAGACUACACAAACUGUGACUUUCCCACAGAGCUUUCGCCUCUGUUAAAUUCACAAGAUCAGUGACUGACAUUUUCAAACAGGGGCUUUGCUGCUGUGGAAAAGUCCUUUGUGUAACACUACAGAAAUAUUCCUCAAAAUGAGAUUGAACACAUGAAGAUAUGCACAUUUGUAGCAAGCAAAAUGCCUCCCUUGUUUUGCCCUUAAAGAUCAUCAAACCAUUAAAAACACAGGGGGUGUAUUUGGGCUUCAAGUUGAAACAUCAAAUCAAAGUUUGACAAGAAACUGCAACUAAUUGGGAUGAAAGUCUGAGCACCAAGUUAGUCAGUGACCAAAAGUACAUGUAAAAGUAAGCUACCUAAUUUUUUGAACCACCAUCUCCAUACAGCCCUAUGAUGCAGUGAGAAUGAACCUGUAUGACAGGUUGUUUUUACUGUUCUCUUUAAUCCACAUCUCUUGCUGCCCAGAAAAGACCCUGAACAUACUCUGGAUGUAUCGAUCUUACCACCGUCAUGAACUACAGCUACGAUGCAGCUUUCUUUUAUCCAGUUCUUUCAGAUCCAUAGUUGCAGGCUCAGGCUAAUUCCUGGAUGGUGCCUCUGUGUCUACUGUCAGCAGAAUGGGAUGUGUUGAAUGUCUGGAUGAGACAAACAUGUUAAUAAAGUAUUUUUGAAAUACUA